GGACUUUACCUUAUCGUUGGGGCAACCUUUUCAGUUAGAAAAUUGUGUUUAAGAACAUAACUAUGGGCUUUCUGAGUUCCAUUCGUAAAGUCAUUCUAUACGUGGGUUUUUUCUUGGGAGCGAUUUUCCUGCUUCCCGGAUUACCACCAAACACCACAUUUCCCUUAAGGGAAUAUGUCAUUACACCGCCUAGGGAACUAAAGGGGACACUGGAAGCUAAUACUCACCUGGACGGCGCUAGACACUUGUGGCAGGAUCGAGUCUUUGGACCAGAGUGCCUGAUAGCUCGGGACGAUGGUAUCUACACGGGCAUUCAUGGUGGAGAAGUCAUCAGGCUAAAAAAAAAAGAUUAUGUUGAGACUGUUACAAAGAUAGGAAAACCUUGUAAUUACAUUUUUCAAGAUACGGUAUGUGGCUACCCCGUGGGCUUGGCCUUUGUCCCCCAGAAAAACAAUAUGAUUAUUGCCGAUGCCUAUUAUGGGCUAUGGGAGGUGAACUUAGAUACGAAUCAGAAGACCAUGUUGGUGUCUCCGGAGCAAGUACUUCCGGGAAAGAAAGUUAAUCGACCGGCAAAGCUAUUCAAUUCAGUGGCAAUCAGCCGGGAGGGUGACAUUUACUGGACCGACUCCCUAACCGAUGACUUUAUGUUGGCUCCGUUUGCGAAUCCUUCGGGUCGUCUUUUUAGGUACAAUCGAAAGAUGAAGACCAAUGAGGUACUUCUGGAUGAGCUGGCAUUUGCCAAUGGUUUGGUUUUAAGUCCGAAGGAGGAUUUCAUUAUCGUUUCUGAAACGACUGCAAUGCGCCUGACCAAAUAUCACCUUAAGGGACCACGGGCUGGUCAGAGCGAAGUCUUUGUAGACGGCCUGCCAGGUUUACCGGAUAAUCUCACUCCCGAUGCCGAGGGAAUUUGGGUGCCUCUGGGCGUCGCUGCAGAUAGCGAGAACCCCAAUAUGUUUGCCAUUUUAUCUCCCCAUCCGAGACUUCGGUUCUUUCUCGCCCGUCUUAUGGCCCUAAUGCAGCUUCCCUUUCGCUAUCUGAACCAAGUGUAUCCCAACACUGUGGUGGAUCGUCUGUUUCACUUGUUCACUGAGUGGGUUAGCAGAAAUACUCCCAGUAGGACCACCGUUGUGCGUGUGGACUGGAAUGGAAAUAUAGUUAGAUCCCUGCAUGGUUUUGAUAGAUCCUCGGCUGGAAUAUCGCAUGUCCUGGAGUUCGAAGGUCAUCUCUAUAUGGGAUCACCGUUCAACCCGUAUGUAAUUCAAGUUGAAUUGCCCAUUACCUAUGAGAAGGAGAAUGAAGUUGUUAGCUAGGAAAUCGAUUACUAGAUUUACAAAUUAAAAUCCUUAUUUGUUCUUAAAAACUAUACUUGUGCAUUGUAUUUUGUAAUUUUAUUAGUUAGUUCUUUUAGAAAAGAUAUUAAACAAGGACGAAGAA